CGGAGUACUCCGUUACAACCCGACAUCGGCGCCACCUGGCACUCAACCACGGCUCGAUCUACCCUACCCAGGCAGACCCGAUAUCGGGCACAAUUGGUGGUGUAGUCGACCUCACAGAAAGAGACCUAGUACUCCUCUUGAGAUCGCUUCUUUGUCCAGACAAGAUGUCCCUGAUCAGUGACACCGACUUUCUCAUACACAACAUCAGGCUCAACUAUCUUCGCAACGUCGAUGACCCGUAUGCCAGGCGCAUCUUGUCAUUCCCCACCAAUCAUGCCCUAAAUCAACAUAUCUUGGCUGCAGGCCUUUCUGACACGUCUCGCUUCCCUGAGAUUCUCGCAACGGCCUCCCCCGAACCAUCUGACAGCGAAGAUCCAUCGUCGCACUCUAUCCGUCCUUCAGGGUUCCCUGGGGCUACGGGACUGAAGUACACUCAGACGAUCUUAGGCCCAACUCGCUCCGGCGCAUUGGGCAUGAGGGUCUCCGGAAGGAGAGGUUCGGUCAAACGAAUCUCUCGCGGCUUAGCAGGCGACGACCUCGCACCUACUACUCGCUCCGAUGAUGGCUCGUCUGUAGGCGGUGCAUCCAAACAUUCGCCCGUGGCUUCCAUCCAUGUCGCGGUGGAAGGGCCUACUCCCGAUGCUACCCCUCUCGCUGCAGUGGGCGUGACGGUAUCAGAGCAUGCCCCCGCAAAAGAUCCUGUAUUCGUCCCGAAGUUCAAGGGUGCUGCGGAAAUGGAAGCACGUAGACGACAGCGGAUGAUGGCUCGGCAGCGUGCGUUAACCAGUCGGACGGGGGUACCUGCAGCCACCGCUCGAGACCUCAACCCGGAUUUGUCCAGCUCAAGCGACUCCAGCGAGGAUGAGAGAGCUCAACCCGUAUCGGAUGAGUCGGAUGAUGCGAUGAGUGAUUUCGACGCCGAAGAUGUACCCGAGGCAGAAGAUGAUUUGGAUGAGGAUGAUUUCGAUCUCGAUUUUAACAACCGUAAUGAACCAUCCGGAAGCGAAUGGGACGCCGCUUCCACCACUUCUUCUGCCCCGGAGCAUUCUCCUCACAUCAACCCUCCUCGACAUCGUCCACGACUUUCCCCUGUUGCCGAAGUAUUUCCGCCGAAAACUUUCCCGAGGGCAACUUCACAGCUCCAUACCGGCUCCACCAUUGACGACUCAGAGCUGUUCAUUAAACAGCGACCACCACCUGUCCCAGUUCACGGGAAGUCAGCGCUCUCUGCCAUGCUUGCAUCCUCCUCCUCCACCACGAAUCCGUUUUCGGAACUAUACGGAGCAGUGUCUGGCAAAGGUGAAACCUCCAGCCAGGCCACCAGUAUCACGGUUUUCUUCCCAAAGUCUAUGUCACCGUCGCGGCCCAUGGAACUGAUGGUCAAACGCGAUGCUACUGUUGAAGAAGUCCUUGGCUUCGCGCUGUGGAACUACUGGGAGGAGGGGUGGAUGCCGAAAUUGGAUAACGGGAUGGAGGGGUGGGCAGAUCGUGAUGGGGAGGACGGGGAGAAGUGGAAGGUCAGAAUGAGUACGGUUGGCUGGAUCAUGCGUAUAGCUGAGGAAGACGGCGAGGUGGAUGAAGAUUUUCCUCCCCCGGAUCGCACAGGAAAGAUUUCGAAGUUCAAUUUCGACGCAUAUGCUGUACUAGAAGCAUCUCCCCAACAAAUUCAGCAGAACAAGAUUCUGGAAAGUAAGAUACAGCGCCCGACUGCUCGGCUCGCCCCUGCGAAGAAGAGGUCGGACGCGUCUACCUCAAACCUUACUCCGAACCAGCACUCGCUUGCGGCAUCUGUAUCUGGCAUCUCUGCUGGUUCUAUGCCGCUGAGCUCGGUUGGCCUAUCCUCCAGCUUGGGUCCCUCAUCUGCGCACGGACCCCAAUUGUUCCUCCGCGUAAGAGUGGCAGACGCCGUCGAUUCAGUUCAUGUCUCCACGACAAUACCUGUCUCUGCGGGAAUGUAUCUCCAAGAAGCAUUGGAGCUCAUUUGCCGGAAACGUCACUUGGAACCGAAAGAAUUUGCCUUACUAAUCGCGCAAGGGGAAAAGAAGAUUCUCAUACCCCUUGACAGGACUGUGGCCAGUUUGCAAGGUACUUCUGACCUAGUCCUUGUCAAGAAGUCGAUGCUUCCCUCCUUCGGCAUCGAUGAACUGAAGAGGACAGGACGCACAACAGACCCCAAUGCAUCGAUCUUCAAGCGCAUGUCCGAAAUUCCUGAACAGCAGCUCUUCGGGGCAGGAGUAGACCUCACUACUGCGUAUAAGAAAUACACAAUAUACAAGAAAACAAAUAUGCUCGUGGGCAGACAAGAACGCACUCUUGCCAUUGAUGGUGCUUACAUCCACAUUAUGCCUUCUUCGGGGCGCGCAAAGGCCGUAUUCGAAAGCGGGAAGACCAUGUCGUACCACAUGAAAGACAUCGCAUGUCAACAAUCAAACAAAUCAUCUUCAACAUUCAAACUUGUUGUUCAUCGUGACGAUGGCAAGAAACGAUUUGAGUUUGAAGCAGAGUCCCCCGAUCUUGCGAGAGAGAUUGCAGAGACGAUCAAAGGUGUACGAGCAUCACUUGAAAGAUCCGGGACUAUCAAAAACGCCCGGCGCAGUAGGCACGUUGGAUGA